AUGCCCUGCUCGCUCGAGUACUGCAAGGGGCUACAGCGUGAGCACGCUCUCCUCGCCGUCUUCCUCGUGCUCAAGGCAGGCGCACUCAUUUCCUAUGUGACGCGGCAACGCCGGCUUGCCGCCAGAUCUGCAGCCAGCGUCUGCGUGCUGCCCGUCUACUCUCGCCUUCUCCAGUACGAGGCCUUGCACAGCUGCCUUUGGGCCGCCACCUUUGGGUUCCAGGCCUACGUGGACGGUGCCGGCGCUCGUGACGCGGUGCAGACGGCACUGCUGACCACGCAGUACCUUACCGCCGCCUCCUGGGUCCUGUGCAGCGAAGGCCUGCUCCUCUUCCUGGCCGGGCGUGGCGCCGGCCUCGCCGCGCUCAGGCUUGCCACUCGCGCUGCCGCUGCUUGGGCCAUUCUGCUCACCGCCGGCUGUGGCUGCGCCUUGCUUGCUUGGGCCAUCCGCGUGCCGCAACCCUCCUCUCAGCCGCUGCAGCUUCUAUUUGCGGCUGCCUGGGCGCCGUACUGGUCGCGUCUCUGUGUCAACAUCGUCGCCUACCCCGCCGCGGCCGCCGCCCUCGGGAUCCUCCGGCCCAAGCCCGCGUGGGAGCGCGCCUUCCUGCUGCCCAAGCUAUGCUCCGGUGUGGCGUCCGCGUGGCGGCUGGACGCCGCCGUGAUGCCGAUCAGCUUCGCCGCGCACGCCCCCUUGCUGCGCGACUCGGCCUACUGGGCCCGCUCCGGCUUCGCCGCCUGCGUCGUCGGCGGCGAGGACGCGAAGGCGCACAGACCUAGCGAUUUGCGCAUCGAGCGGCCGAUCGGGCGCGGCUCGUCAGCGGUGGUGAGCGCGGCGAGCUACUUUGGCGAGCCCGUCGCCGUCAAGCAGUUCGCAGUGGCCCACUUGACUCGCGACUUUGUCGCCAUGUUCCUGACGGAAGCGGAGUGCCUCGCCCACUGCGCCCACCCGAACGUGGUCCGUUUCGUCGGCGGCUGCGUCGCUCCGCCGCUCGUCUGCCUCCCGCUCAACCUGCUCCUGCGAGGCGGCGAGGUCAAGAUCUGCGACUUUGGGUCGUCGCGCUUGCUGGGGCGGCGGGCGGCAGCCUCCGGCGAGGGUGGAGAGGAGGCGGGAGAGGCGGCGUCGCUGUCGGAGGAGGUUGGCACCCUGCCCUACAUGGCGCCCGAGCUCUUUUUGGGGGUGGUGCCCUCCGCCAGCGCCGACAUCUUCUCGUUUGGGGUGUGCGUCUGGGAGCUCUGCUCGCGGCUCUACCCGUGGCGAGCCCUCCUCGAGGCGGGGAGAGUGGACGAGCUGCGCGCGCGGGCGUCGAAUCGCGCGACGCGCAGCGUUGCCGCCGCGGGCGGCGGGUGCGACCCGCCUCCAUGGCUCGAGAGCAUGGAAUCCGGCCGGGCGCCUCUGCAGGAGCUGACGCCACCGCCGGCGCUGGCCUGGCCGUGGCUGGAGACUUGGCAGGAGGACGACUGGCUGGCACGGGAUCUCAGCACGAUGGCUGCCGUUGCCGUCGCGCUGUUCCUGCUUUAUGCGGGAAGCCGAACGCGGUGGCGCUCGCCCGUCUCGCCGCGCGGUCUGCUUGCGCUUCUGGCCACUGCGGUGCGGCUGCUGGUGCCGGGCGGCUGGCGGCGGCGCGGAGUGCUCUCCAGCCUCACCUUUCCCGCGCUCAUCGAGCAGCUCACUCCGGCGUCGCUCGAGGCGAUGCUGCGACACGGCGCUCCCGGCCUGCUUCCCGUGGGCGCACGAGUCGAGUCCGUCCACGCGCUGCAGAGCGGCGGCUUUGAUGGCGUCAAGGGCGACAAGCACAUCGUCGCAGUCUCGUAUUCUGGCGCCGGCGCGGCGGCGCUGCCUCCACGCCUGUUUGUGAAGCUGAGCGCUCGCGGCGAGUUUGCAAUGAAGAUGCUGGCUGCCGCGACCCAGACCGCGGCGUGCGAGGCGCUCUUCUACCUGCGUCUCGCCGCGGAGGCGCGCGAGUGCGGCAUCGCGAGCCCUCGCUGCUACUUCGCCGACUUUUCCUCGGCGGGCGAGUCGUGCCUGCUGCUCGAGCCUCUGUAUGACGAGGUCAACCUGCCGCGCACCGCGAUCGCGCAGCUGCUCGGGCUGGCAGGGCUGCGCCACUCCGCCCGGAGGACGGUCGGAGGUCGGGCCCUCAACGCCGCCUUUUGCACCUGGGACGUGCCCGCGCAGCUGGUCGGCCUCGAGCUCGAGCUGAUCGCAGACUUGCCCGACCUGCUCUCCGGGCUCUGCGCCGAGGGCGACCUGCUCGCCUACGGCCACAACGACAUCGUCGCCGACAACGCAUUCUUCUUUGCCCGCGCCAGCGGCGGGCCCGAGGGGGAGGGCGCCACCCUCGGCCUCUUCGACUGGCAGCAGGCCUGCCUCAACUGCGUCGGGCUCGAGUGGGCGUGGAACUUCCACUGGCUGCCGCCCGCCUUCCUCGCCGCGCACGAGGCGGACCUGCUCGACCUGCUGCUCAAGACGUACGCCGCGCGAGGCGUCUCCGUCCCGCGCGACCGCUUCCUCCGCGCCUACGCAACCGCGGCCGCCUCGAUGUACGUCUUUGGCGGGGGCGCCAUCCAGCCGCUCCUCAAGCGGCUCCACCGACACGGCCUCCUCGAGGACCUCGCCCCGGACGACCACCGCCACGCCGGCGCCUUUCUGCACUCGCCACACCGGGAGGCGCUCCUCGCGGCGGAGAUGACGCGCCGCACGCUCACCAACGCCUGCGCCAUCAUGCGGCGGCACGGGUUUGCGGAGCACUGGCGCGAGAGCAGGGCCAGGGCCUGCGUGCCCCAGGGGGCGUAG